CGGAAAGAGUUUCAAGAGCAACACCGAGAAAAAGCUACACGGAGAGCUAAGCUACACGUCAGAAUCAUCACACCCCCCAAAAAACCAGACACACCACCUGCGGAAUAACGCUGGGGUUUACUCUUGUUUACGCAGGAAAGCUGGCGAGCCAUUAGACACAAUCAACAUCCAAACUAGUCUUAGAUAAGUGAUGGUAUCUGUUUUUCACAUGUGUGAAUGCUUCAACCAUUGUAACGUUAUAAGUUAGCUAGCAAGCAUAUCUAUCCAUAGUUACCCUAGCCAUACAGCUAGCUAACACCCUCGGAAGCCAACUGUCUACUGGUCGUAGAGUAAACUGAAAACGAAACAGUCGUCAUCUGCAGCAAAUGAUUAGUCUUGUGAUUACAUUCUUUAUACAACUAGUCCUCUCGAACGUUGUGUAACGUUAGCAGCUAGCUAUCCUUAGCGAGCACAGUAAUCUAGCUAAUGUUUGGUAAAAGCCUAUCAAGCUAACUUUGGAUAGAGAUAAACUGAUGUAUAGGGUGAUUCAGAGGUUGAGCUAACGCCAACGACAGGAACUAAGGGAUUGCUGUAAUGGAUUCAUUUUGAUAUUAUGUUUUGUUAGUAAAAUGCCACCGUUUGUAAUACUCUUAUACCGUUUUUGAAGAGGAGCUGGCGGAUGUUGUCUAAACCCUAAUUUGCGGCUCUUGAGACAGUCACAGGUUUUGCUGGGGUCACGAAGCGGAGAGCGAAUUAUAAAAAACAAUAUCGAUCACGGGAUCUGCUACAAUGCCCUUGUUUUUCUUGGAAAGAUUUCCCUGGCCUAGUUUGCAGUCUUACACUGCGCUAAGUGCCGUUCUGCUCGCGGGUACAGUCCUCAGUACCUACACCAUUGUGACCGAACCUGGAUUUGACACAUCAGUCUCGGAAGAAGCACAGGUGGAUCUAAAAGACCAGAAUGGGGAAGAGCAAAAGGAUGACUUUUGGAAUGUUGUCUCCAACGUCCUGUUGUACCUGGUGUCUGACACCCUUUUUGUCUGGGUGAUGGUUAAUACAGCGUGCUGUAUGCUGAUGCUCAUUGCGAAAGCAAUCCAGAGCGUUGUGUUUGGACCACUGCGAGCCAGUGAAAAACAGCAUUUGAAGGAUAAGUUUUGGAACUUCAUCUUUUACAAGUUCAUCUUUAUCUUCGGUGUGUUGAACGUGCAGUCUGUAGAGGAGGUUGUGUUAUGGUGCCUCUGGUUUGCUGUUCUGAUCUUCCUCCAUCUCAUGAUCCAGCUCUGCAAAGACCGCUUUGAAUAUCUGGCGUUCUCCCCCACCACCCCCAUGAGCAGCCACCUGCGUGUGCUUGUCCUUCUGGCCUCGAUGCUUUUGUGCUGUUGUGCUUUGGCGGUGCUCUGUGGCCUGAUAGGAAAUAUUCAGGGGAUACACACUGUUGCCUUCAUGGCUGCUGAGUGUUUGCUGGUUACGGUACGGACAGGACAUGUUAUUAUGAGGUAUUCCAUCCACCUGUGGGACCUUAACCACGAGGGCACCUGGGAGAGCAAGAGUACUUAUGUUUAUUACACGGACUUCUUCAUGGAGCUGGGCUUACUCUGCCUCGACCUGAUGCAUCACAUCCACAUGCUGCUGUUUGGCAACAUAUGGCUGUCGAUGGCCAGCCUGGUGGUCUUCAUGCAGCUACGCUACCUCUUUUACGAGAUCCAGAGGAGAGUCCGCCGCCAUAAGAACUACCUGCGGGUCAUCGAUAAUAUGGAGACCAGGUUUGCCGUGGCCACGUCUGAAGAACUGGUGGCUAAUAACGAUGACUGCGCCAUCUGCUGGGACUCUAUGAGCAUGGCACGCAAGCUGCCCUGUGGACAUCUCUUCCAUAAUUCCUGUUUGCGCUCCUGGCUGGAGCAGGACACUUCCUGUCCCACGUGCCGACUGCCUCUCAACAUCAGCGAGGGCGGCCGUGAGGGGGAGCAGAGGGGCCGGGAGCAGAUCCAGGACCAUGUGGCCCCUAGGCCAGGAGCCGAAGCCCGCCCACACGCCAACCAGCAUAACCACUUUUUCCACUUUGAUGGCUCUCGCAUCGCCAGCUGGUUGCCCAGCUUCUCAGUGGAGGUCAUGCACACUACUAAUGUCCUGGGCAUCGCACAGGCCAACAACUCCCAGCUCAACUCCAUGGCCCAUCAGAUCCAGGAGAUGUUCCCUCAGGUGCCUUACCAUCUGGUGCUGCAAGAUCUGCAGUUGACUCGCUCAGUGGAGGUCACCACUGACAACAUCUUGGAGGGACGCAUCCAGGUGCCCUUCCCUACUCAGGCAGCCGAGCGGGCACCCCCACCAGUGAACCUGUCCUCCCAGGACCCAACAGGAGGAGCCUCUGGGGCCAGUGAGACUGCUGUGCCUGCGGGGCUGGAGGGCUUUGAGGUGAGGGGGAGCCGCUUCUCCAAGUCUGCAGGAGAGAGGCAGAAGAUGCUCCAUCAGAGAAAGGAGGAGCUGCUCCUACGCGCUCGCAGGCGUUUCAUAAGUAAGAGCCCUGCGGAGGAGACCUCACGCUCGCUCUUCAUGGCCGCCGCUGAUGAUGAUGACGAGGGCCGCCGCCCCGCGGGGGGUGGGCGUGCCCUGACCUCCUCUGACCCCAUGAGCCUGCGGCGCAGGAUGCUGGCCGGCGCUGCGGAACGUCGCAUGCAGAGGCAGCCAGAGGCUCCCCAGUGAGGCUCCACCUCCCCCCGUGCAGGGCAGCCUGGUGGCCCCCACGCGACCCAGGAUGCACCUGAGGAACCCUGCGGUCCCCCUCCAUCACACCCAUCACCAGAGGAAGAGGAGGAGGAGGAGGAGGAGGAGGAGGAGACGUGUCACCCCCUCCACUGCCUCAUCACAGACACAUUGGGAGGGAGGGAGGGAGGGAGAGGGAGAUGAGAGCAUGGAGCCAAGGGCUUCUGGGACAUUCAAGCUUUUUGUAUUCGCUCUGCUCAGCAUUGACCUGUGAAUCCCACGCCUGGGAUCACCCAGAGCUUUGAGGCCACGGUGGCCCAGCAGAAAGAAUCCAUGCAUGUGUCAGUUCAAUCCGCCUGUGCAGUUCAGUCACCACCCCCCCCCCCUAUAUUGCGGUGUAUGUCCUCCUUAAAAUAAAGUAUUUGAAAGAAAUUCACAGGUAAAUCUCAAAGUUAAGGACUAGAGAGCUGGGUCCCAGCAGAGCUGUAUGCAACUGACCUCUGCAGACCGUCUGCCAUCUCUUCUAAAAGAUAUUCAAAAUGUCCUCGGGAGUUCUCAGUUGAAACUCAUCAUGUGUGCAAUUUAAGGUUAGUGACUCCGAUGCGUUGAAUUGUGGGGGUUGAGAAUCAAGAGUUUUCUUGUAAAACAUCAGAAAACAUUUGAAAGUCCUCAAAAUAGAUCUUGUAAUACUCCUCUUUGGGCUAUUGGGAUGGCGCUGCAUGGUGGUUGUCUGAUGGUUGGUCAGUGUGAAGGUGGAAACACAUCUGGAAACACAUCUGGAAACACAUCUGCUUGUUUCCCUGCCCUCCACAGCAGCUGCAGUGGCGCACCGUGAGCACCUCCAGGGUCCUGCAGAAGAGUCCAAGAGUGUGCCCAGUGUAAUGUGGAGGGUUUGGAGUGCCACAGGAUUGGAUAGGGACACAUUGUGCAGUUGAGUGCAGAAGAGCGCCACGACAGCUUAGAUGCUAAACUGAUGAUAGAAGCAUUGGUAGUUAGAACCCCUUCUCUCCCUCUCCCUCAGCUUGUGCUUCUCUCUUUUCUCUUUCUUUCUAGCCUUCCUUCCUUCCUUCCUUCCAUCCUUUCUUUCAUUCUUUUUUCUCUCUUUUUUUUGUCUUUGUCUUGUGAGCAGUCUUUCAGUGCUGAAGGUACUUGUAAUGUUAGUGCUGAAGUGGUUGAUAAAUGCGAGGAAAUACAUUCAAAUGAGCUAUAGAUGUUGCUCUUACAUUAGCCUCAUGGUGAAGAACCCUUUACAUUAAAAUGCCCCAUGUGCAUUCACUGGCAGCAACGCCACUCUCAUGUCACUAUGUGCUGUAUUAGUUUAAAUACACACUUUAAACACAUUGCAUUUUAAAUAAAAAAAACUACAGUUAAUUCAGACUGUUAACACUCAUUAGUAUUUCGUCAAACAAUGUAUUAACUAAAUGACAUUUGAAUUUCUGAAUUUCCUGCUUGUGUUUCAUGUGGUAGUUUUCAUACUAUUUCAGGCUGACGUGGCCGUUUGGAAGCAGGUGUUGGCUGUGCAUGUUCAAACAAACUGAGCACUGAAUGUGUUCUUGUUGUGUCCUUGUUCUUUAUGUAUUCACCAGUGUUCCCUACAUGUACUGACUGCCCCAAGUGGCGCUGUGUGAAACCCAAAUGUUCUGAUCGUUGCCACAGGUUUUGUGUAUGUCUGGCUGCACCACUGCACCGUUUCAAACCGUUUUUCAAGCUCAUGAGAUGGCAGCGUGCGUCCCUGUCUUGAUUUUCCCCCGAAGGUUCACUUCCUCACUGUUUACAGACUUGGGAUAUAUUUGAACUUCUUUCGCUCAAGACAGCAGUCCGGAAAAAGUCUGAAUGCUUUUGUAUAAGUCUUUUAUUUGUGCCUAAGACGUUUGUAAUGAGGACUGCAUUCUAAUCCAAUCUGUGAAUAAUACUUUGUCAUCGCUACUACAGAAGCUUUGAAUGCA